AUGCCAGCAGCUCCUUUUGUAUUCACAUCUCAAAAUUUAGAGGCAAAUCCCUCUUUAUUUGAACAACAGUCCACUACCAAUGUUCCACCAGCACAAGUGUCGGUUACUGUAAACUUGACAGCUGAUGACCCACAUAUGGUGAAAUUCUCUAAACAAGUUGAUUAUGAGAAGUUGACCGCUCUAGAAGACAGAUUGAGGGUAGUCGAAGGGGCAGACUUAUAUGAUCCUGUUCAUGCUGCAAAGAUGUGUUUAGUUCCAAAUGUAGUUGUACCCAAAGAAUUUAGGGUACCAGAAUUCAUCAAGUAUACCGGAACUGAAUGCCCAGUCACACAUCUUAAAUCUUAUUGCAAUAAGAUGGCAGAAGUAGUGAAUGAUGAGAAACUUCUCAUCCAUUUCUUUCAAGACAGUCUUUCUGGAUCGUACAAAUUCAACAUGGAGGUAGCCCCGGACAGGUCAAGCUUGUUAGUCAUGGAGAAGGGCAACAAAGAGACUGUAAGAGAAUACACUUUGAGAUGGCGUGAAAAAGCAUCUCAUGUUCAACCCUCUUUGUUAGAAAAAGAAAUGGUCACUCUGUUUUCCAACACUUUUAAAUCUCCUUACUUUGAACACCUAGUGGGUAGUUCAGCUCAACAUUUCUAUGAUGCUGUAACUAUCGCUGAGAGGAUAGAACAAGCAAUAAGAAUGGGGAGAAUGUUAGAGCCUACUGAGAAGAAAGGCUUUACUGGGAAAAAGAAGGAUUCUGAGAUGAACAACGUGGAAGGAGUGUAUAAGGGUAAGAAGAAAAAUUACCAUCAUUAUAACUUUCAAAUACCUACCCAACAAGUUGCAAGUGUAAACUUCACUAAGCCUUUCCCUACCAACCAACAAAACCCACCAAAUGACCAACAAAGUAACCAAAUUGUUAAUCCUCCAAGAAGGAACUUUCAAAGAACCCAAGAACGAUUGCCACCAUUACCACUUCCCUUGGGAGAAAUGUAUUCAAAGUUGUUGAGUAUUGGGCAAGUGGCCCCUGUUCCCUUAACCCCAUUGCAACCUCCAUACCCAAAUUGGUAUAAGCCGGAUCUGACAUGUGAGUAUCAUGCUGGUAUUGUUGGGCAUAACAUUGAAAGCUGUAAUGCAUUUAAAAACAAGCUUCUGCAAUUGAUAAAAGCUGGAUGGAUAACUUUUGAUGAUGCACCGAAUGUGAAUUCUAACCAUUUACCCAAUCAUACUACAAGUAGUGGAGGGGUAAAUGUUGUAGGAGUAGAGGAUAAGAAGAAAAGAGUUUUGAAGGUUUCCAUGGAAAGACUGUACGGUAUGAUAGUACAGUCUGGAUAUUUACCUGAGGAAGUGAAAAGGAUGCUGACUUUCGGCAUGAUAAGGAUAGAGAGUGAAGAAGAAAGUAGUGAAGUUGGGAUGAUAGGCCGUCAGGAGAAAAAAGUGGAGGUUUGUAGACUCCAACCAACUAUGGGUGGUCCACCAAAACUAAUCCUGACCAAACCUGUGUGCACAAAUAGUGGAAGUUAUGGCACAAUGCCUUACAAUUAUGGAUAUUCUUUCAACAUUAAGGAUCCUACUCCUAUCUUCCAUACUGAAAUCGGUGGUUUAACUCGAAGUGGUCGGUGUUUUACACCAGAAGAAUUGGAGAGGCAGAGGAAAGCUAAAGGAAAAGAAAUAGUUGAUGCUUUUAAAGGUAUGGAAGUAAACAAACCUAUAAGUGAAGAUGAGUCUAAUGAAUUUCUGAAGUUGAUGAAGCAUAGUGAGUAUAGUAUGGUAGAUCAGUUGAAGAAAACUCCUGCUAGAAUCUCUUUAAUGUCACUUAUCUUGAGUUCUGAAUUACACCGUAAAGCAUUGCAAAAGGUGUUGAAUGAAGCAUAUGUGCCCCAAGAUAUUACUCAGGAUACAAUGGAACAUUUGGUGGGAAGAAUUCAAGCCUCUAAUUACUUAUACUUCACUGAAGAUGAGCUAGACCCGGAAGGGACUGGGCAUAACAAGCCUUUGUACAUCACCGUGAAAUGUAAGAACUGUCUGAUCGGCAAAGUGCUUGUGGAUAAUGGUUCAGCUCUGAAUGUGUUACCAAGGCAUAUGCUAGAUGAGAUGCCAAUUGAUGCUACUUAUAUGAGGCCAAGCACUAUGACAGCUAGAGCAUAUGAUGGUUCCCCUAGACAGGUAAUAGGGACCAUUGACAUUGAAUUGUUUGUAGGGCCUCAGAUGUUUUUGGUAACCCUACAAGUAAUGGAUAUACAUCCUUCAUAUAGCAUGUUAUUGGGAAGACCAUGGAUACACGCCUCUGGGGCUGUGACAUCAUCUCUACACCAAUGUUUGAAGUACAUUAUCAAUGGUACUUUAGUGAAAGUUAAGGCAGAAGAAACCUUGUCCAUGAUAAGGAAUGUGUCAGUCCCUUAUAUUGAAGCAGAAGAUUGCAAAGAUGGGAAUCUCCAUGCCUUCGAGAUUGUGAAUACUGAAUGGGUACCAGAGAAUAUGGUGCUGAGAAGACCAAUUAUUUCUGAUACUUCCAGAAUGAUAGCUAAGUGCUUUUUGAAACAUGGGCUACCAUUCCAGAAUGCUUCACUUACUGGAAGUUUUAAGGGAGUCAACAUGAUGAAAGUUAAUGCUGCUGAUCAGAGGUUUGGGCUUGGCUUUAAGCCUAAGAAAUAUGAUUACAAGAGAGCUGCUAGGAUUAAGUGA